GUGAUCCAUCCCUGUGCAGAUUGAUUAAGAUGCCACAAUUUGUUAGCAAGUUAAACAGGUCGUUUUCUCCCCUCGUCUGGCCACGCAAUUAUUCCUGCUUGCUUUCCUUGAAUGAGGUUUUGGUGGUCAUGCACAAAGCUCACUCCCGGUAGGACAGACUGCCCGAGGACUUCAGGCUCUGGCACAUGCGAUCCUGGUAGCUGUGGGUUGUCUCUCCCCCCUCGCACUCCCUUAUUUCAGCUCCAAACAUUCUGUGGCAAGAAUGAAAGCUCUUUUAAAACAGCAGGGAGACGACAAAGCAGCCCAGGAUACAAAGGAGGAGGUGUCAGAGAAACCCAAGUCUGCUCCAACUGCAGAGAAAUAUGGCUGGAUUAAGAAAAGCAGUGGGGGUCUCCUGGGAUUGUGGAAGGAUCGUUACAUCCAGCUACGGAAAACACAGCUUGUGGUCUACGAGGAUGAGGAUGAACAGAAGUGCAUAGAAACAGUGGAACUGGAGAGUUAUGACAAGUGCCAGGAGCUGCGUGCACUACUUAAAAGGAAAAACCGUUUCAUUUUAAUCCGCUCCCCGGGUAAGAAGGUUCAUGAUAUCAAAUUUCAAGCUCCAACUUUGGAAGAAAAGGAAUCAUGGAUAAAAGCUCUUAAUGAGGGGAUCAACAGAGGCAAAAACAAAAUCUUUGAUGAGGUGAAAGUAGACGAGAGCCUUUCCUUGGACCAUGUAACUCGGGACAGGGUGAAGGUGUCCCACGGGCGCAGACCACCCACAAGAAGUCACCUAAAGGAGGCUGCCAAGUGUACAUCCGAUGGAAUCCUGCGACUGGAUCUGGAUAUAGUAGACAAUGGACCGCCGACUUUUGAUUCCACUAUCAGCGAAAGUGACAAUGAGCCACCUCAGAAAGAAACUCCAAAGCCACCUAUGCCACCUAUAAAACCCACUGGCACAAGAGAAAAUCAAGAUGCAGAGAACAAUGUUCCUGACCAGGAACAUAAAAAAGCUCUGUCUCCUCCAAUGCCUCCAGAUAAGAAGCUUAAAGAAGGCGUCACAUCAAAGGACAAUGUAAAUGUCAAGGAUGAGGACUCUGUAAGCCCAGAGAAGAGUGUAGAAGGAUCCCAAGCACCAAGUGAGGAAAACAAGGAGAACCUCAUUGAGGUCAGCAACAGGGUUGUAGCAAAACCUCCAGUUCCACUUCCUAAGAAUGUAUCAGACAAGCUAAAAGUAGCUUGGGACCAACCAACCAUUGAGCCUAAAAAGGCAGAAGACUUGGAAUCAUCAGGAGAUGACAGCAAAGACAACCUGGCUGAGAUUGCUGCUGCAGAUGUUGCAAAGCCUCCUGUUCCUCCUAAGGUUCUGUCAGAGAAAAUGCUUGCCACAGUGAACUCCAGCCAUGGUGACCUGGAAGCUGGGGAAGAGCUGGAGUCUGGCAGCUCCAAGUCUCCGGUGAAUGGGAUCUCUGCCAGCGAGGUAGCAGAGUUCACAUCCCCAGCAACUGAAACAGAAGAAGGAAAUGGGAGAACUGCUGCUGAGAAGGAACAGCAAACUUCAGCAGAAGAGACAAAGACUUCCUUAGCUACAGAAACAGACCACGAAAGUGUGAAAGCAACUAUUGAGAAGAAAGAUUCUACAGAAUGCACUUCAGGUCUCAAGCUUCGCAGUUCUUCUCUGGGAGACUUGCUGUCUGAUUCCAAAAAUAAACAGAGAGCACUUGCAGGCCAAGGUUUCCUGAAGGAUUCCCAUCAAUGCUUAGCUAAAAUGGAGGAGAAAGUUGCUAAUGAAAGGGAAAAGGCAGAAAAACUUCUGCAGAAGGUUUUACGUGAAGGGUUGGAGCAGGCUCAGGAGGGGAACGGACCCCCAGUGAUGGCAGAGACGUUGCUCAAUGAGGCAGUAGAACAACUUCGUCAAGCUACACAAGUUUUGCAAGAAAUUAAAGGUCUUGGAGAACUGAAAAAAGAAGCAACACAGAAACAGAAAGAAAAGCAAAAGGAUCUAGUGACUCUUUAUAGGAGAAGUGCUCCUUGACAUACUCUGCAGAGACUUCUUUCUCAAAAUCAAAGCUAAACAUUUGCCAUUUAUGAUUUGUACCAUUGCUAGGCCAGUGUUUAAAGGUGGUCUUUCGCUGUGCACACACCAUGUUUGUGGGGCAGAAUUGAGCUUUCAGUUAUAGCAUCUUUCUUUCUUCAUGUUGUACAUACCAGUCUGGUUCUAAUCCUCUUAGCACAGCAGAAGGUUACAGGACAGUGAACAGUUUCAAAAAUGUGAAUGCUCUUCCAGGACUCUGUCCAAAGUCCUUUCAAUGGAUCAGGCCUUAAAAAUUACCGGUAAUCCGACCAAGCCAGAUUUUUUGAAAGGAGCUGAAAGGCUAUUCUAGCAAAAGCCCGUCUCUCUGUAUUUGAAGACAAGCAGAUACGAGAUUACACUGGCACCUAUCUGGUUUGCCCAGUUAAAUCAUGUAAGGAUAAAUGUAGACAGUGUUUGUUCACUUGCUGGCAAGGUUUCCCAGACCACCUGGCCCAGUGACAUUUAGGAAUGUAAAGAUAAACGGUUUAAUCUUCUCCAAAGACACUCUCAAAACCACAUCCACAGUUAAAAAGUGACCUCACACAGAGGCAAACCAAACUGGCCAAUUCCUGGCUCCAAGUAGUGUCCCUGAUCUGGAGCAGCUGUAUGAAGGCACUCUGAGUCUGGUCCUGCAGAGUUUUAGGUGUGCUAAGCACUGCCUGCGUGAACACAAGUCUCAAGGCAUCAUUACCAGGCAGGUAUUGAUUGUUCCUCUUAAAUUAAUAGGGAAAUUGAGGUUACACUUGGCCUGUGAAGGUGUCUUCUAGCAGCACAACACGUUUAUUAUUGAGGACCAUACCCAUCUGGUAACUCUGAAUCCCCCUCAGCAUUGUUGGGAACAAUUAGCCAGGCAUUUGGAGAACUUGACUCUGGGAGAUCCCCAGGAGAGCUGUCACUAGGAAGCUUUGGGGAUGUGCGUUCCCUUAGUGUUGUCUUAGGAAGAAACUGACAGGAGCAGGCACAUCAGGCAGCGGGUCUGGAUGAGAUCCCUCUUCCCAUGGAACAU